AUGAAGUCUGUCGCUUCCUACGCGGCGGCUGCCGCGGUCCUAUCGGGAUCUGCCAACGCCUUCUGGCGCAUGCCUUGCCGUGCCCGAACAGGUCUCGCCCGUCUCGAUCCUAUCGUCGACUUCGGAAUCGCCUCAUCCCACAGUCACACCAUCCACGGUGGUGGUAACUUUGGUGAAUCAACUACCUAUGAGAUGCUCCGCGAGUCUGAGUGCACGUCAUGCCAGUUCAGCGACGACAAGUCCGCCUACUGGACCCCUUCGCUCCACUUUGUCCACGAGGACGGCAUGACCGAGGUUGUUCCUCAGGUUGGCGGUAUGCUUGCAUACUACCUCCUUUUGGGCGAAAACAUCAAGGCCUUUCCCAAGGGCUUCGAGAUGGUUGCCGGUGACUCCCGUCUGCGCAACUUCACUGGUCCCGUUCCAGACCCGCCAACCUCGUCCUGGGGCCCAGAGGACAAGACUCAAUUCGCCCUUGGCCAGAAGGCCCUCGGCUUCAACUGCCUCAACUACGACAUUGCCCCCGAGGGCUCGCGUUUCCGCCACACUCUGCCCAGCAAGGAGUACUUGGAUGCCCACUGCAAGAACGGUAUCCGUGCUGAGCUUUUCUUCCAAUCCUGCUGGAACGGCAAGGACGUCACCGCUCCUGACCACAAGAGCCACGUCGCCUACCCCGACAUGAUUCAGGGUGGCAAAUGUCCCAAGGGCUACGAGACCCGUCUGCCUUCGCUGUUCUACGAGACCAUCUGGGACACGUACAAGUUCAAGGGAGUGCCUGGUCAAUUCCUCUUCUCCAACGGUGACCCCACCGGCUGCGGAUACCACGGUGACUUUAUGAACGGCUGGGACGUCGACACCCUUCAGCAAGCCGUCGACACCUGCACCAACCUCUCUGGCCGUGUCGAGGACUGCCCAGUCUUCUCUGGAUCCCUGCAAACCGAACUCGAGCAGAACAUGUGCAAGAUCAAGGAGAUGCCCAAGAUCCUUGACGACGAUGACUGCGCCGGUCCCGUCGAGGGUCUCUGCGGUAACGUUCCUGUCCAAUAUGGUCCCGGCUACGCGGACCCUGCUGGAGCCGCUUCGCCAGGAAAGCCAAACAAGCCUGUCCUCUCUUCCGUUGAGAUGUCUACGCAAUCCUACGCCCCUGCUCGCUCUACCGGUGCCGGUGGUAUCUCCGUCUACAACGUCGGUGUCGGCGUUGGCAUCAACGUUGGCAUCAACGCUGCACCUUCAUCCUCGUCUUCGUCUUCGUCUUCUCCCACGCCCGCCGCUGCCCCCGCCGCUGCCAUCACUCCCGUCGCAGAACCUGCCGAAGACGAUGGCACCAUCAUCUCCACCAGCACCUACGUCAAGGACGGUGUCGUAUACGAGGUUGUCAUCAAGGAAGUCAUCACCUACGUUACCGUCGACUCGAAGCGUCGCCGCCACGCUCACAAGCACCGCCGCGACCGCGAGCACGGUCUUUUGGGCCGCCACUAA